GCUGCUGCCUGUAAUUUGCAAUCGCAACAGCCUCUGCUGUGCCCAGAGGCCUGCCUGAGCUGCUCUGCUGCCUCACCCCAGGGAGAGAUCUCACAGCAAGGCCCUGUUCCUAGCCAAGGUGGGGCCUGUCUCUGGCUCUGACUAGUCCUAGGGAGACACAGGGGGACAGAAAAGAGAAAUGGCUGCACCGGAGCCAGCUCAGGUCCCGGUGACAUUUGAGGAUGUGGCUGUGUAUUUCUCUCGGGAGCAAUGGGGCCUUUUGGACGAUAUGCAGAGGGCCCUCUACAGGGAUGUCAUGCAGGAGAAUUACCAGACUCUGGUCUCACUGCGAUCUUCCAUUCCCAAACCUGACGUGAUUUCCCAGCUGGAACGAGGGGAAGAGCCCUGGGUCCCAGACCUCCAGAGCUCCCAGGAAAGGGAGGUCCCAAGAGGUGCCCGAACAGCAGGGGACGACGUCAUCACCCAGAGGAAUCCCGCAGGCGAUAGGCCGACCAUAUGCAAUGAGUGCGGGAAGAGCUUCAGAGGGAGCUCAAACCUCGUUCAGCAUCAGAGGAUCCACACGGGGGAGAGACCUUACAAAUGCGCAGCCUGUGCGAAGAGCUUCCGCCAGCGCUCACACCUCCUCCAGCACUGGAAGAUCCACACGGGGGAGAGACCCUUUGAAUGCCCCGACUGCGGGAAGAGCUUCAGCGUGAGCUCCGCCCUCAUUAGGCACCAGAAAACUCACACGGGCGAGAGACCCUACGCAUGUGCCGAGUGCGGGAAGAGCUUCAGCGUGAGCUCCGCCCUUACUAGGCACCAGCGCAUCCACACGGGCGAGCGGCCCUACGUCUGUGCCGAGUGCGGGAAGAACUUCAGCGUGAGCUCCCAUCUCGUGCAGCACCAGCGCAUCCACACGGGGGAGCGGCCCUACGUGUGCGCUGAGUGUGGCCGGAGCUUCAGCCAGAGCUCCCACCUCCUCCAGCAUCAGAGGGUCCACACGGGCGAGCGGCCCUACGAAUGCACCGAGUGCGGGAAGAACUUCAGCCAGAGCUCGGACCUCAUCAAACACCAGAGAACCCACUCGGGAGAGCGACCCUACGAAUGCCCUUGCUGCUUUAAAAGCUUCACCUGGAACUCAGUGCUCAUUAAACACCAGAGAGUGCACAUGGGACAGAGACCCUAUGCGUGUGGCCAGUGCGUGGAAAGCUUCAGCCCUCAUCAUCCCUCAGAGAAACCCACACGGCACAAACCCCACUGAUGGAGCAUCAGGACACAAGCCACUGUAAUGCACUUGCUCUUAUGAGCAAGUCACUUCAACUCUCUGUGCUGCGUCUUCCACCUCUGCCUAAAGGAAAAUGGGAAUAAUGGGAUUCUCUGGUCCUUGUUUAUAGGAGAGGGCUCUGCUCACCCAUUACCAGCUGGGACUUUUCCUGGAAUUAUAGGGUUUAGGAGGUUUCUUUUCCUUUUACUAUAGAGUGGGUUGAGUGCUGUUUCUGGAAAUUCAGGUUUAGGAGGUUUUCCAGUGAGUUUAGUUCCGGUUUCAGUAAAGUCUUUAUUUGUAGCAGUGGGUCCUUGGAAUUUGGGUUUGAAAUGUU